UAGGGUUGCUUAGCAACAGGCUUAUCAGCGUUGACGGCACUUUAAUGUGUCAGUGUAACGUCGGUACCUAGCUUUUAUUGUUCAUAAAGGAACUUUAUUGAAAGGCAAAGAAGAUGGAGAGAGCUGAAAGAGAGCAGGCUGAAGACAGGAGAGAACCUCCAGAUGAUCCACAACGUGGUGCAGAGCUUCUUUCUGAUGUCAGUGAAUCUCAGCAGGCGGCUUUCACAGACACCGAGGGAGAUGAGACGAGACGCGAUGAUGAAGAAGCUGUUGAUGAUGAUGAUGAAGAUGAAGAUGAUGAAUAUGAUGAGCUCAUCGUCUUGGAUCCUGAGCACCCUCUGAUGAAGAGAUUCCAGUCGGCUCUGAAGAAGCACCUCACCGAGCAGCUGGAGAGACUGGAGCUGAAGCUACAGGAGAAGGUGAUGGAGGAGCAGAUGGAGAAAUCCAGGUGUGAGCAGCUCUGCGCCAUUCUCUACAGUGAACAGCAGGAUCUCGCCACACUGCAGGCCUCUCUGGAGACUCUGCAAGAGAACAGAGCUAAAGCCGCCAGUGACAGGAGACAAGCAGAGGAGCAGCUGGAGAUCACGAGGAAUGAGUACAGAAGCAUUACUGAACAGGUCAAAAAGGAACACAUAAAAGUGUCAGAGCUGCAGUCUGAGGUGGACACUUUUGCUCGGCGUCUGCUCUACAUGCAGGAAGUGACCACAGACCUGCACUCAGAAGUCGCUGCCAUGAAGAACACCAAGAACAAGGUGCAGGCAGAGAAACGGAAAGCAGAGGAGCAGAAACUCCAACAGGAUCUGUAUGUGGAGCAUCUGAUGAAGCAGGUGGAGAAACUGAGGGAGCAGAUCGCUCUGUAUGAGCUGCAGACACUCGCACAGACCAAAGACAAGGAAGCAGCCAGAGAUGCCUUAGCUGAGGCUCAGUUGGAAUUAGACUCUAUAGUAGUGGAGAAGAAGCAGAUACUCCAGCAGUUAAACAGCAGCAUGAUCGAGAUGAAGAGGAGAGAUGAGGCUUACAGCACGAUGCAGGAGGCACUGAGGUCAGCCAAUCAAGAGUUGCGUGCUCUGGACACAGAGUUGGAGGGAUACAAUCGCUCCAUCACACAGGAGCAGGAGAAGAAUGAGGUGCUGACAGUGAUGGUGAACCGCGCUGAGCUUAACAGAGACACCUACAGGAAGCUUCUCACACAGAUAGGCACAAAGAAGGAGGCACUGCAGAAACUCUGCACUACAUACACACGCACACUCCAGGAGACUGAGAAGAGCCUGACCAGUGUGACCACCGAGUGCAGUGCUCGUCAGUCGGAACUCACUAUCCUGACGAAACAGAUAGAGAAGGAGGCAUGUGUGAGGGUGGAGCUGGAGGAGAAGAUCAUGAGGAAAAUGCAGGAGCAGCUCACACACGACAGCAGUGCCAAACACACACACCAUCUUACCAUGAAUAUUAUGGCUCAGCACAGAGAGAAGGAAGGCCAGCUUGCGAAAGUUAAGGGCGACUCAGCUGCAGUGACGUUGGAGGUCAGUGAGGUGGCGCUGCGUCUCGAGGCUCUCUCUCGCCUGCAGCAGGAGCAGGAACAGGAAGUGAAGGAACGGAACCAGCUGCUUUUGACCAAAGAGGCAGCGGUCGCUAAACUCAUCUCUACCAUCGAGCGCAACCAGGCCACCAUCAGCAUGUAUAACAAGAAGAUCGAGCAGAUCAGGGCAAGCACAGGGCAUGAAGACCUGGGUCCUCUGGAGAUUGAGGUGAGGGCUCUGAAUAAACAGCUGGAGGAACUUGGGGCCGAGCGGAAGGAGCAGCAUCAGUCCUGGCUCUGGCAGCAGGGGGAGCUAGUGAGACUAAGACAGGAGAAACAAGCACAAAGCAGCGCAACCCAAACUCUAAACACACAGCUCACCAUCCUGCAGCAGAGGAACAUCCGCAACAAGAGUGAGAUUGAGCAGGAGGAACGUGGUCUGGUUGAGUUGGAGAGAGAGUCUAAAGUUCUGAGGUUAGACAUGGAGAAGCUGAAUUCACUCCUGAACCAGAAAACACAACUGAAACAGGAGCUGGAGCAGAGCAAUAGCCUGAUGGAGAAAAGCUUCAUACAAACACUCAAGGAUGCAGAGAGGGAGUCUGUAGAGAUGCAGUUGCGUCUAGAGAAGCUCCAGGAGGAAAAAAAGCAGUUACUGAACAGCCUGGAGGAAGCAGAGCGACAGAUCAUGUUGUGGGAGAGAAAAAUUCAGCUGGCAAAGGAGACUCGUUUGGCUGUGGAAUCGGAGGUUGGAAAGGGGGACAUGCAUACCAUCAAAGCUGAGAUACAUCGCAAGGAGCGUCAUUACAACCAGCUGUUGAAGCAGCGGGAGAUGAUGUUGAGGGAGAUGGAGGCGGCAGUCGCUCGACGUGAAAACAUAGUGAGACGCAGCGAGGCUCAGACACAGAGCAAUCGCAAACACACAACACGUGCCAACCUUCAGAACACACUGCAGAACCUUCAACGCAACGUCUUUCAGACACACAAGCAAGCAGAGGAGUGUAGUGGUGUGAUAGCACAGCUGCAACAGGAGCAGAGUUCUCUUUCUGAGAGUCUGAGAGAGAAGCAGAUGCAGAUCACUGACCUCAAAAACACUAGCUCCGCCUAUAAAGAUGACAUCAAGAACAUGCAGGAGACCAAAGAAAAAAACCUGAUCCAGCUGCUGGCUCUGCAGUCUCGGGUGAAACAGCUGCAGUUGGUGAUGGAGGAUCGCUAUAGAGCCACAGCUAAAGGAGAAGAUGCGCUGCAGCUUGCCACAAACACUCUGCAAGAAGAACUGAACACGACCAGAGAUGUUCUUCAGCAGGUCCUCCAGGACUAUCCGCAGUACAAGCCUCUGCUCCACAGGAUCUGUCUCCUGGUUUCUGCACACACACACUCAGAGUAAGAGUAACAGGCUGCUGUGACAUUCAGCGGUUCUUGUUGUGUAACUGGCAGCGUGUCUUAAUUCCCACUGAGCUCUAAUAAAAGUGAACUUGUUCAGCCAAGUA